AAUAAAAGUCAUAUUGUAGCUACAAUGAAACUGCUAUUUGAACAACUAUCCAGGGUGGUACACAACAGCAAAGAUAUAACAUGAACUGUUGUUAAUUCUUUUUCAACAGGAUACUGUGGUCUCCAGCAGAGGCCCUGAAAUGCCACCGAAGUCUCCUGAGUCGACUCAACAACCCCUUCCUCCAGAUGGAGGAUGGGGUUGGAUAGUCGUCUUUGCAUCCUUUAUCUCCAUUGGGUUUUCCUAUGCCUUCCCCAAGUCUGUCACAGUAUUCUUCAAAGAUAUUCAGGAAAUAUUUAAGGUCUCCCACAGUCAAAUCGCGUGGAUCUCAUCCAUCAUGCUGGCUGUCAUGUACGCAGGAGGUCCCAUCAGUAGUGUCUUGGUGAAUACGUAUGGCAGCCGGCCAGUGGUGAUGUGCGGAGGGUUAUUAUGCUGUAUUGGAAUGAUCUCAGCUUCUUUCAGCAACACUGUGACAGAACUUUACCUCACCGUUGGCUUCCUUACCGGUUUAGGACUAGCAUUCAACCUGCAACCAGCCUUAACAAUACUCGGACAGUACUUCUAUAGGAGAAGACCCUUGGCAAUUGGCUUAGCCAUGACUGGAAGUCCUGUUUUCUUAAGCACCCUGGCUCCUUUCAGUCAGUACCUGUAUAACCAAUAUGGCUGGAGGGGAAGCUUCUUAAUUUUGGGAGGCGUAUUUUUACACAGCUGUUUUGGUGGGUCCCUUAUGAGACCAGUUGUGAAAAAUCCACGUACUUUAACAUCUAAUAAAAGUAAGAUUGAUUCAGGACAUCCAAAUACGAAGAAUGCCAAUAAGUUAUCACUAGCAGACAGGAUUAAUAUGAUGUUAGAUUUUAGACUUUUUAAGCAUAGAGGAUUUAUAAUCUACCUGUCUGGAAGUAUCAUUAUGUUUAUAGGGUUUUUUGCCCCUGUUUUAUUCUUGACUCCAUAUGCUAAAAACAAAGGAGUGGAUGAUUAUUACUCAGCUUUAUUGCUGUCUGUGAUGGCUUUUGUUGAUAUGUUCUCUCGGCCUGUUGGAGGAUUAAUAGCAAACACCAAGUUAAUCCGUCCACGGAUCCAGUACUAUUUCAGCAUUUCAAUCAUCUUCACUGGCAUAUGCCAUCUCCUCUGCCCCCUGGCCGACACCUAUGCAGCUUUGGUGGUCUACGCUAUAUUUUUUGGCCUUGGAUUUGGAAGCACUUCCUCUGUCCUCUAUGAAAGUCUCAUGGACCACGUCGGACCUGCCAGGUUUUCCAGUGCUGUGGGACUUGUCACAAUCACAGAGUGUGGCCCAGUUCUUAUCGGCCCUCCUCUUGCUGGUAAAUUGGUCGAUGAGACCGGAGAGUACAAAUACAUGUAUGCAGCCUGCGGGACCAUCGUGGUCAUAUCGGGCAUUUGGCUAUUCAUUGGCAAUGCUAUAAACUACAGGCUUCUCGAGAAGGAAAAGAAGAGAGCGAAUGCAAGGAAGAGCAAGGCAUCUUUCCACACUUCCAAAGAAUCUGUGCCUUUGAACAAAUCCAAACAGGACAAUGUUGCCAUCAGAGGUUCCUCAGCACACAGUUCUCCUUCCAACAGAGAAAGAGAAAGUAACAUUUAACAUGAAUCUCACCUCCGAACCAGUGUUUAUGAAUUUACUUAUGAGUUUCUUUGUGUUUUUCAAAGUGUUGGAAAAGAUUUUCAGCUAAAACAAAAGAUCACAAAUAGUAACAAAACUGGUGUCUUCCUCAAUGAUAUAUUACAAAUUAACACUUUAAUACUUGUUUGCACAGUUAAAAUGUGAGAUUAUGCAAACAGCAAAUCCAUAAAUUGGCUUCUUUGCAUACCUGACUUCGGGUGCAGAGAUGAAAAAUAAGAUUAAAAAAAUCUUUCAUUGACAUUUAAUUUUUAACUGUAGAAUGAGACCUGCAUUCCAGACCCUUGGUUUACUUAAGCAUAAUUCAGCAUUAAUUCCAUAUAAUGACUCUUCAAAGUUCUUUUUUUGAUUUUAAGUUGUAAAGUAAAUUGAGGAAAAUCAUGUGUCUUUUCACACACAAGGAAACACAUAUAUAUCUGCACAAACACUGAGUAUCUGGAGAUCAUAAAGAAAUAAAUUAAUUUGAAAAAACGAAAAUAUUAUCA